UUCAGUCCGCAGAGCGCGCUCCGUUCCGUUCAGUGUCCUGUUCGGUUCUGUUCGCCCGCAUCCGCAUUCGCAUUCGCAUUCGCAUCCGCAGAAGCUGCCAGCCGACGACGUCUAUAGCCAGAGAGCUUAGGUUCAGUUUAAGUUUGCGUUACCGAUUCCCAGAUCGAGCUGAGCUUGGCUUGGCCCGGCUGGAGCGGACUUGAACUUCGGCUUUGGAACCGGACUUUGGGGCUAGCGAGACGUGCGUGAGACUUGACUUGGACUUUGGACCCUCGGACCAAGACGUAGACAAAGACCAGACCAUAGACCGACUACUGACCAACUGACCAAGUGAACACAGCGCCCAGGAUGCGAACGUAAACCAAUGCGCAGCACCCAAUACAAACACAAAAACUCCCUGGGGAAGCGACGAACUGAGGGCAAAGCGGCUGGCAAGCGGACCCAGAAAACUGCUAAGGAAAACGCAAUCCAUCCACACACCGAACAAUACCAUCUUAGCAACGCCAAUAGUAGCCAAUUGCAUCCCAGCCAGAUGCUCUAGAGACCACCGGAGCACUACCCAGCACCGGAUCCCAGCGAACUUCAGGGCCCAGUAGUCCAACAAGCCAUGAUGCCCACUCGCGUCAAACUGAAAUGCGGCACGGAUGACCAUGCGUUGCCAACCGCCGAUUCGAACACUGCCACAAGCCAGCACAAAAGCAAUAAACGGCUAACCCUAACCCCUCCAAGCGGCCCAAUUCCGCUGCUUCUACUCGCACUUCUUCUGCUGAUCCUGGACAGCAGAACAUGCCAUGGCCUUCGGCUGACCAACGGUGGCAGCAGCCUAACCAAAGGCGCUGCAGCCAACAAGGAGCAGCUCAACAUCGGUCUGAUCGCGCCACACACGAACUUCGGAAAGCGCGAGUACCUGCGUAGCAUCAACAACGCGGUCACUGGACUAACAAAGACCCGCGGCGCCAAGUUGACCUUCCUCAAGGACUACUCCUUCGAGCAGAAGAACAUCCAUUUCGACAUGAUGUCGCUCACGCCCAGUCCGACAGCCAUCCUCAGCACUUUGUGCAAGGAGUUCCUGCGCGUGAACGUGUCGGCCAUCCUGUACAUGAUGAACAACGAACAGUUCGGUCAUAGCACCGCCUCGGCUCAGUACUUUCUGCAGUUGGCCGGCUACUUGGGCAUUCCGGUGAUCUCGUGGAAUGCCGACAAUUCGGGUCUGGAACGGCGGGCCUCCCAGUCAACGCUGCAGCUACAGCUGGCACCGAGCAUCGAACACCAAAGCGCCGCAAUGCUGAGCAUCCUGGAACGCUAUAAAUGGCAUCAGUUCUCGGUGGUCACCUCGCAGAUAGCCGGUCACGAUGACUUCGUGCAGGCAGUAAGGGAACGCGUGGCCGAAAUGCAGGAGCACUUUAAGUUCACCAUCCUCAACUCCAUCGUGGUCACCCGUACCAGUGACCUUAUGGAGCUGGUCAACAGCGAGGCGCGUGUGAUGCUGCUCUAUGCCACGCAGACGGAGGCCAUCACCAUCCUGCGUGCCGCCGAGGAGAUGAAGCUCACUGGCGAGAACUACGUUUGGGUAGUCAGCCAGUCGGUGAUCGAGAAGAAGGAUGCCCACUCUCAGUUUCCUGUCGGCAUGCUUGGCGUGCACUUUGACACCUCCAGUGCGGCACUCAUGAACGAAAUCUCCAACGCCAUCAAGAUCUACAGCUACGGCGUGGAGGCCUACUUAACGGAUCCGGCCAACCGUGACCGCCGCCUCACCACCCAGUCGCUGUCCUGCGAGGACGAGGGUCGUGGUCGCUGGGACAAUGGAGAAAUCUUCUUCAAGUACUUGCGGAAUGUCUCCAUCGAGGGGGAUCUGAACAAGCCGAACAUUGAGUUCACAGCGGAUGGGGACCUGCGCUCGGCGGAGCUCAAGAUCAUGAAUCUCCGGCCAAGUGCCAACAACAAGAACCUGGUGUGGGAGGAGAUUGGAGUGUGGAAGUCCUGGGAAACGCAAAAGCUGGACAUCCGCGACAUUGCGUGGCCCGGCAACUCGCACGCCCCGCCCCAGGGCGUGCCGGAGAAGUUCCAUUUGAAGAUCACAUUCCUCGAAGAGGCACCCUAUAUCAAUCUGUCGCCCGCGGACCCGGUGAGUGGCAAGUGCCUGAUGGACCGCGGUGUGCUCUGCCGGGUGGCGGCCGACCACGAAAUGGCCGCCGACAUCGACGUGGGCCAGGCACACCGCAACGAGUCCUUCUAUCAAUGCUGCAGCGGCUUCUGCAUCGACCUGCUGGAGAAGUUUGCCGAGGAGCUGGGCUUCACCUACGAGCUGGUGCGGGUCGAAGAUGGUAAAUGGGGUACCCUCGAGAAUGGCAAGUGGAACGGCCUGAUCGCCGACCUAGUCAACCGCAAAACGGACAUGGUCCUCACCUCGCUGAUGAUCAACACGGAACGCGAAGCGGUCGUCGACUUCUCCGAGCCGUUCAUGGAGACCGGUAUAGCCAUCGUGGUGGCCAAACGCACGGGCAUCAUCUCGCCCACGGCAUUUCUGGAGCCCUUCGAUACGGCAUCCUGGAUGUUGGUGGGCAUAGUGGCCAUCCAGGCGGCAACCUUCAUGAUCUUCCUGUUCGAAUGGCUCUCGCCCAGCGGCUACGACAUGAAGCUCUACCUGCAGAACACGAACGUGACACCGUACCGCUUCUCCCUGUUCCGCACCUACUGGCUGGUGUGGGCCGUCCUCUUUCAGGCCGCAGUCCAUGUGGACUCGCCACGCGGCUUUACCUCUCGCUUCAUGACCAACGUCUGGGCCCUUUUCGCUGUGGUAUUCCUGGCCAUAUACACUGCCAACUUGGCCGCCUUCAUGAUAACCAGGGAGGAGUUCCACGAGUUCAGCGGUCUCAACGACAGCCGUCUGGUGCAUCCCUUCUCCCACAAGCCCUCCUUCAAGUUCGGAACCAUCCCGUACAGCCACACAGACUCCACCAUCCACAAGUACUUCAACGUCAUGCACAACUAUAUGCGGCAGUACAACAAGACCAGCGUGGCCGAUGGAGUGGCCGCCGUGCUUAAUGGCAACCUGGACUCCUUCAUCUACGACGGCACUGUGCUUGACUAUCUGGUGGCCCAGGACGAAGACUGCCGGCUCAUGACCGUGGGCAGUUGGUAUGCCAUGACGGGCUACGGACUGGCAUUUAGCCGCAACUCCAAGUACGUGCAGAUGUUCAACAAGCGACUGCUUGAGUUCCGGGCGAAUGGGGAUUUGGAGCGGCUGAGGCGAUACUGGAUGACGGGCACGUGCCGACCGGGAAAGCAGGAGCACAAGUCCUCGGACCCGCUGGCCCUCGAGCAAUUCUUGUCCGCCUUCCUGCUACUGAUGGCCGGCAUUUUGCUGGCGGCGCUGCUCCUGCUACUGGAGCACGUCUACUUCAAGUAUAUCCGUAAGCGACUUGCCAAGAAGGACGGCGGCCACUGUUGUGCCCUCAUCUCGCUGUCCAUGGGCAAGUCGCUGACAUUCCGCGGGGCUGUAUUCGAGGCCACUGAGAUCCUUAAGAAGCACCGCUGCAACGACCCCAUCUGCGACACGCACCUCUGGAAGGUCAAGCACGAGCUGGAUAUGUCUCGUUUGCGGGUCCGCCAGCUGGAGAAGGUCAUGGACAAGCAUGGCAUCAAGGCGCCGCAACUGAGGUUGGCCUCCUCCUCGGACCUGCUGAACCAUCAUCAUCUUAAGGAGCGACCGCCGCUGCUGGGCAACCUGAGUCUCGCCGCCAGCGCUCAAGAUCUAUACAGGUGGUCGUACAAGACGGAAAUCGCCGAGAUGGAGACGGUGCUCUGAAGCGUUAGGAGCUGGAUUAAUAAGUGGAACUGCUGCUCAACCUAGAGGCACAUCGUUAUUAGUGUUACUGGCAGAGUGGACAGAGUGCAUGCAAUCCUAGAGCGAGCGAGUACGUCUAAUCAAAAUCAACGUUUCAAAUAAUAUAUGUAAACUGAAAGCUUUCGAAAGUUAGAGACAGGGAGAUGAUACGAGAUAGAAAUCGAAAGAUAAAGAGAACCCAAAGCGCCUCACGAAAACCGCACACAACUCAAAAAUCGAGAAUCAAGAACGACAAGUAGCCGAGAUCCACAUCCUAGAACAAAACAAAACCAAAAACCACAAAGAUUGUAUAAAGUUAAACUAAAUGUAAAACAGUAAAACCAAAACAGUUAAUCUAAAUGGAACCCGAAGGAAGAAACAACCAAAACAGCAGCCGCCGCACUAAUAUUUCAUAAAAUAAGUUUUAAAAUAAAAAAAAGAUCAAGAGGUACUACUAUACGAAGAAGGAGAUAAAGAAGUAGAAGCAGAAGCAGAAGCAGAAGCAGCAGAAGCUGGGGAGAUCAACCGUUACAUUUUUGGCGAUUGAACUGUUAACCGUUAACAAGAUGGCAAAGAAGAAGAAGAAGAAGUAGAAGAAGAGGGAUAGUAGACAACCCAGUGUUGGUCAUGUUUGUAUGUAAUCCGUUUGAUUGUUUGUGAUUGUUGUUCCGUUUGUUGUCUUUUUUUGGAUAGUAAAUAUUUACGAAAUCAUACUGAAGUAAGCGUAUGUGUGGCCAGAUGGCAUACACUCAUACAUACCAACUUACGAGUACUUACAUACAUACAUAGAAACGAGCAGGCAGGAGGAGAAGCGGCGCCGGUUGCCACGCCCAUUAUUAAAUAUACACAUUAACAGAUUUAUAUGUAUUUACCUUGCUAUGAUUACGACGAUAUAAAUGUUAUUGCAUAUACACGUACAUAUACAUAUACAUAUACAUUUAAAGAACAAAACAAGAAAUAUUUACAUAUGAAUAUACAUGUAUGUACUUAUAUUUUUUCUGAUUUUGAUAAAGAAAUUGCUUAUGUGCCGCUAAAAACAAACCGAAAAAACAAAAAACAAAACGACAAAAAAAAAGAAGAGAAAACCCAAAAUAUAUAAAUGCAAGGGGCGAAAACGAAAUUUUCAUCUCGCUAGGAGAUAACCACACGACCACUAAACCAAGGCUUCAUUUUAGUUGCUCCUUUCCGCUUAGCUGCGUUCUUUUGUUUCUUUUCACUUUCACUUUCAUUUCGCUUGCUCGCCGAGAGAGAACUCCCUACCCCACACCACCCAAUACCACCUUUAUCCUCAUCAUCCUGGCCAGGAGAAAAAUCAAAUGAGACUUUCGCUUGCUAGUUCGACUCUCUUGCAUGUGGCCUAAAGUUAAUGUAAACUCUCUCUCCCUCUCUCUCUCUCUCUCGCAGUCACAAUUCACCCACACUCACAUAACUAGAAGAAGAUAAAAAAUAUUAUAAAUGUGCAUUGUUGUUGUGGCGAGGAAAAACGUGCUUAAAUCAGAUUUAAAGUAAUCUUGAAAUCGAAUUAAAUAUGUACAAAGGUUAAACGAUUAAACGCAUGAACUUAAAAACAAAAAAACUAAAAACGCGACGUAAAUAAUGAACGAAUUAACUAAAGAAUCUGAGGCGUUGUAUUGUGUUGGUAUUUGUUUAUGUGUGUCUUCUAAAUGUUUAGCGAGGAUUACCAAUACUCAAAGCAAGCGCGAAACGUAAAUGUAAAAGAAAAAUUGUAACUAACUAACUAAUGCAACUUUAAACACACAAAAACACUCACACACACAUUCACUAGUACAGCAACCAAACAUGCACAGCCAUUAUUUAGCUGUGUGUGUGCUUCUUUUAGACUCUUUUCGUUAACGCCAUCUCUGUUCAAUUAAACCGUUAUGUUCCCCGCCCAUGCCUCAACCGUCGUUAAAAACGACGAGAGCGGUGCGAGCGAAGACGGCAACUGCAAACACAACACUACAAAAACAACUAGAACACUUGACUAACGGACAAAACUGAAUAACGGACUAACGAGUAAACCGUAACAUCAGCGAGAGCUGACACAAACAAAAACAACAACAAGAACAAUGUUAACAGCAAAACAUGAAAACAAAACAAAGAAACUUAUUGAGUUUUAUUUGCAAAAGAGUGAUUUUUUGUAGUGGAAAUAUUUUAUACACAAGUUACGAAUGAAUGGUUCGAGGACAUAGGAGGACAUAGCGAAAUGUUAAUUAUUACGUACAUAUAUGUAUAUAUUUUUUAAGACAAAUUGUUCAAAUUUAUUAUACGAGUACUAACAAAACCAAACAAAAAGCGAGUCAAAAACCAAAGCUAAGCCACAACUGGAAAACGAUGUUGCAGACAACAAUUUAGUAUUAAAACGAUUGAGGGGAGGGAGCGAUGAAGAGCAGGACGAGGAAGAGAAGUGAAAACAAAACCUUUACGGACAAAUUAAAACAAGUAAAACAAGUUAACAUUACAUUAUAUAAGUAGUUAGUAAUUUAAAACUAAACCCAAAGAAAAUAAGCUAAACAUCACGACAAAUGAUACUAAAGGCAAAGAAAAAAAGGUUUAUGUAUACAAAAAGAUGUUUUUUUUUUAAAUAUAUUAUUAAUGUUAUUAAGUUACAAGUGCGAAUAAUGAGCGUACACACAGUCACACUGUCCAGACACUCACACCAACACGAAUAACGGUGCAUUUUGUUAGGUGUUUAACAUAAAUACAAACAUACAUACAUGAAAAGCAAAGGAGAUAAAAAACAAAAAGAAUCAUAAACACGAAUCGAAAUCGAAUCAAUUUUUAAACGCAAAAAUAUAUCUCCUCGAACAUAACGAAUAUCGAAUACAGUAUUUGAAUUCAGCCGGUGAAUUUGAAUAUAAACUAAUGUCGAUCGCCCACACUUGUCCACACCUGAGCGAAGGAGCGAACGGGACGGCACGUCGGCCGGUCGUAUUUCAAGUUACUAACACGACAAAAUUUUUUAACCACGCCAGCGGAUUGAGAUAAGAAGCGUUUCACGUACAUAAACUAAGCAAAUGGAAUAUGCGUACAUUGUUGUGGUAGUUACAGAUGGCGAGGAGAAUACACGUAAAUUAAAAUAUAAACAAACCAACUUGCAAUAAAUGUGUAUACAAAACGUGUCGGUCUUUCAUUUUAGGUUAUAUAGAGUAAUGGUAAAUAGAUAUUUAUAGAAACACUUACCCAGGUUUGGUAAUAUAUUUCGCUCCUUGUAUUAAAACACUGAAAUUCACCUCGUUUUUAACGCGGCGACGCGUCGAAAAUAUCGUAAAAAGCUAAUGGUAGUAUGACAUCGUCCCGCACCCGAU